AAAUCAUCCAACCAAUUAACUUACUAAUUUAUUCAUAUCAAAUAACUUUAUUAUGGACAUUGAAUCGACAGACAUUAUCCGGCUCAUCGAGCAAUUUCUCAAGGAGCAAAAGCUACACAAAACACUAGAAACAUUGCAGAGCGAAACUGGUGUCAAACUAAACACCGUAGACAGUAUCGACGCCUUCAAAAGCGACAUUAUCAAGGGACACUGGGAUGCAGUACUAACCAACGUCGAGCACGCGAACAUCCCACAGGAUAAGCUCAUCGAUCUAUACGAGCACAUAAUCAUAGAACUGGUGGAGUUGCAGGAUCUAGGUCCGGCGCGCGCACUGCUGAGGCAGACAGAACCAAUGGAGCUUCUGCGUUCGUCGCAGCCUGAGCGGUACAUUGUCUUGGAACAGCUUUUAUCGCGGACGACGUUUGAUCCUAGCACGGCGUUCAAGGGAAAGGGCGGGAAGGAGGCGAGGCGACUGAGGAUUGCACAGGAAUUGGCAGGGCUGGUCAGCACGGCGCCGGCUAAUCGGCUGCUGGAAUUGCUCGGGCAGGCGAUAAAGUGGCAGACGGAAAGACAAGGUCUGGUGGUGGCCGAUGGCGCGCCCUACGACUUGUUCUACGGCAAGGCCGUACAGCCCCUGAUGCCCUCGGAGGACAAAAUGCCGGACACACAACUGGCCACAGUGAAGUUUCCCAAGAAGCAGCACCCGACCAGCCUGGCGUUCUCCCCCAGCAACGAGUACCUGGCUACGGGCAGUGCGGACGGAUUCAUCGAGGUGUGGAAUUUCAUGACCGGCAGGCUCGCCCAUGAUCUCAAGUACCAGACGGACGGCGCCCUGAUGAUGAUGGAGGGUGCGGUCAUCACACUGGCAUUUAGCCAUUCCGGUGACCUUAUUUGCUCUGGCGCUGCUGACGGGAAACUCCAAGUGUGGAAGGUCAAAUCAGGCACCAGUUACAGGCGCUUUCCAGCCGCGCAUAGCCAGGAUAUCUCGUGCGUGUGCUUUUCCUUUGACGACACGCAGGUGCUAAGCGGCAGCCUCGACGGCAUCCUGCGCAUUCACGGGCUGAAGUCCGGCAAUAUGCUCAAGGAGUUCCGCGGACACUCAGCGGCCGUCACCGGCGCGGUGUUCAGCCAGGAUAUGAGCUUGGUUGUCAGCACAUCGGAGGACGGGUCUGUGCGGAUCUGGGACGCAGGGUCGGCAGCCUGCAUUUAUUCUGUGGUUCCUGGCGCCGGCGUUGACGGGCUUAUUGUUCCGGCCACCCACGGCGGAAAGGUCGAGCGGACACUAGCGCCCAAGGACGAGUCUCUUUGCAAGGAGUUUGUCACGGCGGCGAUUACCCCCCAGGGCAAAUACGUGCUGGCAGUUUCGGACUCCUCCGUCAUGCACUGCUUCUGUGUUGAGAGUGGAGAGCAGAUGGGCGGCGGGCACAAGGUUUCGGACGCCGAGAUCAUUGGUAUGGCCAACCAUCCGAAGCUCAACGUGGCCGCGUUCUUUGGACAAGACCGGCGCGUGCCCAUUUGGUCCGGGUUCUGAGGCGAGAAAGAGAGUCAGCAGGACAUCACAUGCUCUUUGCCCCACAAGACAAGCGCAUAAUAUUAAGGUAUAGAUUUCUAAACAUCUUUAUUUUUUUUUUUGCUCUCAGCUCAACUCCAUUA